AUGCGUGGUUGUAAGCGUGAAUGGAGGAGAUUGUUUGGGGUGCAGGCACGUGUUAAUCUUUUCCGGUGUGACCGUCCCAUGGGGGCAACUACCGUUCCUCGGGGUCUUAUGGAGUAUGUGGGGAGAGUUCUUGGGGAGGAUCCCGACUAUCGUGCCCUGAUGCGGGUGUUCGAUACAUUGCUUUUCGGAGGAAAACUGCGUGGUUAUACUUUGUGGAGAAGCAAGGAUUUUAAGGACACGUUUGGAUACACUGAUUUCUUGCAGCGGAAGAUUUUCCUGCAGGAAUGUCUUUUCUCUGCUGGUCUCAGUAGGACGGUUUUGGUGAGGAUUAUUUUGCAUGAGUUAUGCCAUGCUUAUGUGGAUGUCAUGGGGGGAGAUCGUAUGGAAAAUCAGCUACAUGGGUUCAACUGGAAGAGGGAGGUGAUUAGAGUGAAUGAGGCUUUACAGUGUGAUAUUGAAGAUGAAAGUGAUGUGGACUGGAAGAGAUUGAGGAGGAUAGGUUUGGAUAAACUUUAUAUUUGUGAAAGGUGUGGGCUGCGUAUUAUCAGGAUGAUCAAAUGGUUACCUGAUGCUAAAUUCUUUUCCUGGUUUCCUCGGCAUGCGAAUAGAUGUGGGGGGGAGUUUAAAUUAUCGUGA